UCCAUCGCCCGGCGGAGCUCCCCAGGAGGGGCCCGGAGCGGCUCCAUCGCCCGGCGGAGCUCCCCAGGAGCGGCUCCAUCGCCCGGCGGAGCUCCCCGCGAGGGCCCGGGCGGGUGCUGCCCGCGCAGCUGAAGGGCCCGGCCCGGUGAGCGCCGCCCUCCCGGACACCGCGUGGUUCGGGGCCGCUUUUCUCGUGUUUCAGCUUGUUCCCGUCGCUGUGAGCCGCAGGUUCCAGGUGUGGAUCCCUUUCCCAGCCACUGGUGCAGGGACGGCGCCAUCGAUCCCCGUGUCCGGGAGCUGCAGGGGACAGCUGGAGGUGCGCUCCUGCUCUGGCUCCACUGCCCGGGGCCGUGCGGUAAAGAACAGGCCAUGGAGCAGCUGGAGGAGGAGCUCACCUGUCCCAUCUGCUACGACACCUUCGUGGAGCCGCGGGUGCUGCCGUGCUCGCACACCUUCUGCGGGCCGUGCCUGCGGGACCUGCUGCAGCCGGGGCCGGGCUUCAGCUGCCCCAGCUGCCGGGCUCUGGUGGCCGUGCCCGCUGCCGGCCUGGAGGCGCUGCCCAUCAACUUCGCCCUCAAGGCCGUGAUCGAGAAGUGCCAGCAGGAGGAGCGGGCCCCCGGGAUGUGCCGGGCACACCCCCGGCAGCCGCUGAACAUUUACUGCCUGCAGGACCGGCGGCUGGUGUGCGGCCAGUGCCUGACCGUCGGCAAGCACCGCGGGCACGCCAUCGAUGACCUGCAGAGCGCCUACAGGAAAGCCAGGGAGGCUUUGGGGCAGCUCCUGGGGGAGCUGGCGGAUCCGUCCCGCUCCGAGGUGUUCUCGUGCUCCGAGAGGCUGCAGCAGCAGAAGGCCCGGUGCCAGAGCACCCUGCAGGGUGACAGGGAAGCUGUGCUCAAGUAUUUUAAGGAACUUGGUGAUGUCUUGGAGAACAAAAAAGCAGCUCUGCUGAGCGCACUGGAUGAACUCGACAGCCACAUUCUGGAGAAAUACGAUCCCCUCAUCGAGGAGGUGAAGUUCGAAGAGUGUGAGCUAAUGGAGCUGCACUCGGCUCUUCAGGAGGAGGAGUCCCCGCUGCUUUUCCUGGAGAAGAUGAACGAGCUGCAGCCGCGGCUCCACGCUCUCAAACUGAGGCAACUCCCGGAGCCUGAACCUGUGGAGAUCCAUCCUAGGAUGAAGAAUGUGCUGCAGGACAUGUCUGCAACUGAAAUAGGGCAGGUGCACAGGAUCCGCACGCCAAAGCUACACCUGGCUCACGAAAGCCAACGCUGUGGAAAGCAAAUAGCAUCUAAACGCGGGGAUGCUGUUGCUGCUCUUAUGCUGAUCCUGAUUGGACUUGCGUUGUUAUGGCAGAAGGAACCACAAGGUCUUGUGCUGCUCAUGGUUUCAUUUGUAUUGUUAAUCGUAUCUGGUAUCAUCCCAGUUCCUCUGGCACGUCUCUGGGAAUUCCUGCUGUGGAUUUAUCAGGAUUCCUGCACCUACCUGCAGGCCAGAAUGCAGGACAAUUCUUCGCAACUACUUUGAUUAGACUGAAAACCUCAUGCAGCAAUCCAGCAUUAUUUUCAAUUUCUACUUAAAAGCUGGAUUGUUAAAGCUCUACACUUGUUCUGUUUCUGUAUUCUCUCUUUUCUGUAUUGCAUGGAUUUCCUCUGAACUAAAGUUCUGAUCCACUUCAGGUGAGGAGAGGCGAGUUUUGCCUUGAUCCACAACUGCAGAAUUCAGUCCUUAACAUCGUGGAAUUCUCUGCCAAAGAUCAGGUGCACUGCUGAGCUUCCCCUCCUGGAAUUCUCUGCCAAAGGUCAGGUGCACUGCUGAGCUGCUCCCAUAACUCUUGGCAUUUUUGCAUUAUAUAGUAAAUUACGCUGAUUCCUUGAA